AUGAAUGGAAUAAAGAUAUUUAUUUUUGCAUAUUUUCUAGGUGGUAUUACUUUCAUUCCCUUAGUGAUAAUCGCAUUCUUGUAUUUCAACAAAAAGAAUGAGCUUAUAGAUGACGACAACAGUAAAGAUUUAGUUUCAAGUUUGAUUGUUCCUGAUAUUGAUCCUGCAUUGAAAGCAGGGAAAUAUGAGGAGAAGAUUGGCGUGGAUGUGAAAUACAGUGGUUGGAUUAGUAUCACAAAUCAAUAUUAUUACCACUUCACAGAACUAAAAGAAUUGGGGUUAAAUGAGGAUGAAACAGUUUUACAAAGAUCUCAAUUGAAGAAAAGACAAAAAUUUUACGCUAUACUCAGAGAAGGAAACCUUUUCCUAUAUAAGGAUGAUGACCCAAGUAGGAAAAAUCUUCUCCAUGCAUUUUCUUUGAAAGAUAUGUUUGUUACCAUUUGGCCACGUUGUAAUACAGACAAUGAACCAUUAUCUGAUGCUAGCCUGUAUACAAAGAGAACUUGUCUAGCAUUAUUUAGAAAAGGUUCGGUGACAUUGGAUGAGGAUAAGAAGACGUUAUUAUUUGCCAACAACAACAUUGUGGAACCCGACGAAACCAAUCAGGAUACUGUGAUUUUAAAGACUUCCAAAGCAAAUCAAUUUUAUUUAUAUUUUGAAAAUAAUAUGGAUAAAGAAGAUUGGUAUUUUCAAUUAAUUAACGCAUCUAAAAACAUAUCACCAUCUGAGAAUAAUUCACCUUUUAAUCCCAAUAUUAUGGCUGAUACAGCAUAUCUAAGUACUGCCGAUGCGUUGUAUUUGAUCCAAACUAUAAACUCUACACAGGGACAAUUAACCACAAAAUGGCUAAAUGCAUUAUUAGGGAGACUAUUCUUGUCACUACAAGAGACAGACACUUUGAAUCAAGCGCUGCUAGAGAGGAUAGAUAAAAAAUUAACCAAAAUCAAUAAACCAGGGUUUUUAAACGAUUUUGUAAUUGAAAAGGUAGACGUUGGUAACAGUGUCCCAUUUAUAACAAAUCCGCGUUUAUCGGAAAUGUCACCAGAAGGCUCAAUGAAAUUGUUAGCAGAUGUAUCAUAUAAGGGUUCUCUAGAAGUUAUCAUCUCUACUAAAGUUAACAUCAAUUUAGGAUCUCAUUUUAAACCUAGAGAAGUCUCUCUGCAGUUAUCUAUAAAGGUUAAAGAAGUGACUGGUCCCCUUUUAGUGUUAUUCAAACCACCUCCUUCAAAUAGAAUAUGGUAUGCUUUCGAAAGUGAACCUGUAAUGGAAUUAGAUGUAGAACCAAUUGUAAGUUCGAGUAAAUUGUCGUACAAUGUAAUUACUAACGCAAUUAAAGGAAAAUUUGCUGAAGCCAUCAAAGAAUCAUUAGUAGUGCCAUAUUACGAUGAUAUUUUUUUUUAUUCUACUACCGAUGAGAUAUAUAGAGGUGGUGUUUGGUCAAAAAAUACGAAGCCUUCAGCAUCUUCAUUAAAUCUAGAUUUAGAUACGAUUAAGUCUAAAGUUAACGAUGUUGACUCUGAUAAUUUCUCUAGCAAGAUGGAGAAUAAAGCUAAUAGUAGUAGCUCAUUUAAAACUACCGAAACAUCAGUUAAAUAUAGAACGAUUGAAAAAAUGGGUUCUAUAAGGAACAGUUUAAAGUCGUCAAGGUUAUCUAUGGAUUUAAGCUCGUCGGCAAAUAGUACGAAUCAACCAAAUAACUCCAAUAUAGAGUCGGAUCCUGAUUCUACGAAAGACAGCAAAAAGAAAGAAAUAGCUAACAAGUUAGAUGAUCAUUCAGCAAAAUCAAAAAAAUAUAUUAAAAAUUCAAUGAGUAAACUUAAUAAAUGGUACAAGGAAACUGUCGCAACAAAGGAAGACGAAUUACCAGAAGAAGAUUCUGAAAAUUAUGACGAAAUAGAAUCCAAUGAAAAACUUCAUGAUAAUUUGACCGAUACGAUUCCUGUACCAACAAAAGAACCAAUGAAAGAUCCGCCACAGAUGAUAUCCAAUAGGAGAACGAUCUCGAAAAAAGUGAACGAAGGCGUCUUAAACAGCCCUGUGGUCUCCCAGACUAGUGAAAGUAAUGAUGUAAAACUCGAUGCUUCUCCAGUUGUAGUUGCCACUGAAAUGUUUGGGAAUAAACAAAGGUCUAUUUCAACAUCUUCAGGUAGUCAUAGUACUAUUAAACAACAGGGAAGUUACUCACAAUUCACCAAUCCCAACAUGAAAGAAUAUUGCUGA